GCUCUGCAGCGUCGUUGAGCUGGUGCAGUGCAAGACACUAGCUCUUCCUCACCGACGGUCUGCAGAACAAGGGGGACUUAAAAAAAAAAAAUAACAUCUGAAACAAAAAUAAAACAUCCUACAUUAACAAACAAAAAAAAUCUCGAAAAAAAAAAACCAACAAAAGAUCCAUCAUGAGCUACGAUCCUUAUAUCUCCUACCGCCGCACUUGGGACAGCUACCGAGGCUCUUCUCGACCUUCCACCACCAAAUCCUUAAUGUACUCCUCUCUCUACUCCUCCUCCUCUUCCUCCCGAGCUUUGGGCCUGGCGGCUGGGAAGCAGCGGACCCUGCGUCCACCGGCCUCUUCCUCACUGCCGGAUGCGUCUACACGGAUAGACCUGGCCCAGGCCUCCAGCCUCAACACAGAGCUGCUGGGGCUCCGCAGCCAAGAAAAGGAGCAGCUGGUUGGCCUCAACGACCGCUUCGCCACCUACAUCGACAAGGUGAGGCGCUUGGAGCAGCAGAACCGGGCCCUUCUGGCAGAGCUGGAGGCUCUCAGGAGAAGGCAGAGGGACCCGUCCCGUCUUCAGGGGCUCUACGAGGGUGAAGCCCGGAGCCUCAGGGCUGCAAUCGACCAGAAGACAGGAGAUAAGAUGCGCAUGGAGGCAGAGAGGGACUACCUGAGGGACGUGUACGGGCAGCUGAAGGAGCGCUAUGAGGAGGAGGCGCAGUGCCGUGCGGAUGCGGAGGAGGCCCUGCAGAGGGCCCGGGAAGAAGUGGGGCGGGCCAUGCUGUCUAACUGCGAUGCAGAGGCCAGCGUUGUCUCCCUGGCCGAGGAGAUGGGCUUCCUGAAGAAGGUGUUUGUGGAGGAGCAGGCGGAGCUGCAGGCCCAACUAGUGGCGGCUAACGUGUGUGUUGACAUGGAGGUGAGCAGGCCAGACCUGUCUGCGGCACUCAAGGAGAUCCGGGCGCAAUACGAGCGGCUGGCCAAUAAAAACAUGCAGGCGGCCGAAGACUGGUACCGGGGCAAGUUUGAGUCAGUGGCGGAGAUGGCGUCGAAGAACAACGAGGCGGUACGCUCCAUCCGGGAGGAGACCAUGGAAUACCGCCGGCUGCUCCAAUCACGCUCCUCUGAGAUCGAGGCCCUGCGGAACGUCAUCGAGUCGCUGAACAAACAGCUGGAGGAGCUGGAGGAGAACCAGGGGAAAGAGGUCACGAAGUACCAGGUGAGGAUAAACGAUCUGGAGUGCGACAUCAACGAGGCGAAGCAGGAGAUGGCUCGCUACCUCAGAGAGUACCAGGACCUUCUCAAUGUUAAAAUGGCUCUGGACAUUGAGAUAGCUGCAUACAGGAAACUCCUGGAGGGAGAAGAGUUCAGGCUGACCUUCUCUGCCCUGAACUAAAACCUCUUCACCCUGAACCCCAGUAACCCUGAACCCCAGUAACCUUCAACCCCAAUAUCUCAAUACCCUAAACCAUAUUCUUUAGUUUUAUAGCCCUACCAUUGGUCCUCCUUCCACCCAUACCUUCCUCCCCUACUACCCCACCCUACUACCCCACCCCACCUUACCUAAACCCC